AUGAUUAAAAGCCGAAUAAAAUAUUUGUUAUACAGUACAAAUAAAUUAAGUAUAGAAAGAUUUAUUAAAUUAUUAUUAUUAUCAUUGCACAAUGGCCGUCGCAUAUCACGUGACACGGGAAAAGAAAUCGAUUGGAGAAGAAAACGUUGGAAAUUUAAUUGGAUUUUAUUCGUGUUGAUAUUAUUGCAAGAAAUAAAUGCGACACUCUCAGGGAUGUUACCCAUAAAAAGUACGAGAAUCGUCGAAACCAGGUAUGGAAAACUUCAAGGUAUGAUUUAUCCGAUGGAUCACGUGAAACAUUUAAAACCUGUCGAAGUUUUUCUGGGAGUUCCAUAUGCGACUCCCCCCGUGAGAAGUAAUAGAUUUUCACCGACGAGAACUCCAAGUCCUUGGGAAGGUGUUAGAAUGGCGGAUAAAAUGGGACCCGUUUGUCCACAAAAACUUCCAGGUAUAAAAAAUGAAACGGCGGCAUUGGAAAAAAUGCCUAAAGGACGAUUGGAAUAUUUAAAAAGGCUUCUUCCUUUUUUAACCAAUCAAAGCGAAGAUUGUUUGUACCUGAAUAUUUUUGCUCCGGCUCAGGUGAGUGCGAAAGGACAUUUAACAAAACAUCCAGUAUUGGUUUUUAUACACGGUGAGUCCUAUGACUGGAACUCAGGGAAUCCUUACGACGGUUCUGUUCUUGCCAGUUACGCGGAUUUAGUCGUUGUAACGCUCAACUACAGAUUAGGAAUUUUAGGUUUUUUGAAUGCAAAUGUCGCCCCUCAUUUAAAAGCGAGAGUCGCAAAUUAUGGUCUGAUGGAUCAAAUAGCGGCUCUGCAUUGGAUUCAACAGAACAUUGGACUUUUUGGGGGGGAUCCUCAAAAUGUAACCUUGUUGGGUCACGGAACGGGAGCUGCUUGCAUUCAUUUCCUUAUGAUUUCUCCAACCGUCAUGCCAGGUUUAUUUCACAGAUCCAUCCUUUUGUCUGGCAGUGCUUUGUCGAGUUGGGCUUUGGUCGAAGAUCCCGUUUCUUUUGCCACGAAACUCGCUCGACAAGUUAACUGUAGUUUACCCGAGGAUCUUUUAAAAGAACACGAAAAAAUAGUUGAUUGUUUAAGGGAUGUGCCAUUGGCGGAUUUGCAAAAAGCCGACGUUGUUGCUCCGACUUAUUUAAGCACGUUCGGACCGAGCGUUGAUGGUGUCGUCAUUAAAACAGAUUUUCAAAAGGAUAUCGAAGCUUCAAUGUUAGGAAUACCCACGACGGGUACCAAUCGUUACGAUUUACUAUUCGGAGUCGUUACAAGCGAAGCAUUGUUUAAAUUCAGUGCAGCCGAUGUGUCGAACGGUUUCGAAGGUGAACGUAGGGACAAAAUUAUCAGAACAUACGUUCGUAAUGCUUACACGUAUCAUCUCAGUGAAAUUUUUUACACGGUAGUCAAUGAAUAUACAGAUUGGGAGAGAACUGUGAUGCAUCCCAUUAACACGAGGGAUGCUGCCAUUGCUGCCUUAGGUGACGCCCAAUUUGUGGCUCCUCUAAUAAGAACGGGGGAUUUACUCAGUUCUAGGGGAGCUGUUAACAGUGGAGGUCCUGGGACUAAAACUUGGUUUUACGUUUUCGAUUAUCAGACCAAAGAUGGAGAUUAUCCACAAAGAAUGGGAACAGCUCAUGGUGAAGAAUUACCCUACGUUUUCGGUGCUCCACUCAUAGAUGGUUUUAAUCAUUUUCCAAGAAAUUAUACAAAAUCCGAAGUUACCUUAUCAGAAGCUGUUAUCAUUUACAUAAGCAACUUUGUUAGAACGGGAAAUCCAAACGAUCAUCAAAGAACUGACGGAAAUUGGAACACAAGAGAAAGAAGCAGAUUUCGUAAUAUUGUUUGGGAUGAAUAUGAUAGCGUUCAUCAAAAAUAUUUAGAAAUGGGUAUGAAACCAAGAAUGAAAAAUCAUUUCAGAGCUCAUCAACUUUCAGUUUGGCUUAGAUUAAUUCCAGAACUUCAUAGAGCCGGAAUGGAAGAUGUUCUUGCCAACACCGGAAGAAGACAUCAUCACGGUGGAAAUGAUUCUUUCGGAGGUCAAACGGUCACAACUCCAGAAACUUUAAUAACGACUUGCGUAUCAGUUAUUAAUUCUUAUCCAUCGGGUUCACAUCAUUUGGGGGGACAUCAAAAUAAUUCUGAUCCAUUGGCUAAUCUGGAAGCAGCGGGUUACGCCGCAUAUUCUACAGCCCUAAGCGUAACAAUCGCAAUCGGAUGCAGCCUUUUGAUUUUAAACGUUUUAAUAUUUGCCGGAGUUUACUAUCAGAGGGAUAAAACAAGACUGGAAGUUAAAAAUUUACAACAAACUCAAAGAGGAAGCGUAAAUUACGACGUUAAACCCGGACACUACGACAUAGCAAGCGGAGGAAGCAUUAUUGUAGACCUCGAAAGAGACACGGCUGACAUGAUUUUAUGUCAGAGUCAACAACGUGACAGAGGAAACAUAUUACUUUGUCAAACUCAAUCCCGAUUUUCCGCCGCACCAUCAUCGUUACCGAGAGCAAGUCCGAAUUCUUGUCCUGCAUCCGGUACAAUGACCGCGACAAAAAAAUCAACUCCCGACAUUUCUAGAAAUAAUAUCGAUUUAGUUAUAAGAAAUCAAGAUUGUCGUAAUCCUGACAUACUUAAAAAUAAUGUCACAAUUAAUUCAGCUGGUAUAAUUAUGGAUCACGGUAAAAAAACGGAAAUAAAUCAUUUACCGACAUUAAAAUCCUCAAAUAUUUCACAUACGGCAACAUUACCUAAAAAUAUGACAUUUUGUAAUAAUGUUGCGUCAACUAACGACAAAGUAAGAAUGAUUUCUUAUUUUUAUAUCACUUGA